GCCGGGCCGGCUCCGCCGCGCCCCCUGCCCGCCCGCGGCUCCCUGCGCUCCCCUGCGAGCCCGGCCCGGCCGGCGCGCCUGACGUGGACCAUUAAACUUGGAGCUGCCGCCUCGUCCCCUCUCUCCUCCUCCCUCUGACAGGCAAGGAGCGGCUCGGUGCGGGCAGGCGACGUGCUGCUGCCGGGCUGGGCUGCCCGGGGGAGAUGAUUCCUGGCCGGGAGGGCGCCUCUGGGAAGAAGACCGCGGGGGAAGCAAAGUUUCGGGGCAGCUGAAGAGCCCUGCCUGCAGCCCUUGGAGCCCCAUCACCUCCCUGGCUAUGGAGGGCGGACUCUAAAAUGAAUCCCGAUCUGGACGCCGGCCACAACACAUCAGCACCUGCCCACUGGGGAGAGUUGAAAGAUGCCAACUUCAGUGGCCCCAACCAGACCUCGAGCAACUCCACACUGCCCCAGCUGGACAUCACCAGGGCCAUCUCUGUGGGCCUGGUGCUGGGCGCCUUCAUCCUGUUUGCCAUCGUGGGCAACAUCCUAGUCAUCUUGUCCGUGGCCUGCAACCGGCACCUGCGGACGCCCACCAACUACUUCAUUGUCAACCUGGCCAUCGCCGACCUGCUGCUGAGUUUCACUGUCCUGCCCUUCUCCGCGGCCCUGGAGGUGCUAGGCUACUGGGUGCUGGGACGGAUCUUCUGUGACAUCUGGGCAGCUGUAGACGUCCUGUGCUGCACAGCCUCCAUUCUGAGCCUGUGCGCCAUCUCCAUCGACCGCUACAUUGGGGUGCGCUACUCUCUGCAGUACCCCACGCUGGUCACCCGGAGGAAGGCCAUCUUGGCGCUCCUCAGCGUCUGGGUGCUGUCCACGGUGAUCUCCAUCGGGCCUCUCCUUGGCUGGAAGGAGCCGGCGCCCAAUGAUGACAAAGAAUGCGGGGUCACCGAAGAACCCUUCUACGCCCUCUUCUCCUCCCUGGGCUCCUUCUACAUCCCUCUGGCGGUCAUUCUGGUCAUGUACUGCCGCGUCUACAUCGUGGCCAAGAGGACCACGAAGAACCUGGAGGCGGGCGUCAUGAAGGAGAUGUCUAACUCCAAGGAGCUGACCCUGAGGAUCCACUCCAAGAACUUUCACGAGGACACGCUCAGCAGUACCAAGGCCAAGGGCCACAACCCCAGGAGCUCCAUAGCUGUCAAACUUUUUAAAUUCUCCAGGGAAAAGAAAGCUGCCAAGACCUUGGGCAUUGUGGUCGGUAUGUUCAUCUUGUGCUGGCUUCCCUUCUUCAUCGCUCUCCCACUUGGCUCCUUGUUCUCCACCCUGAAGCCCCCGGACGCCGUGUUCAAGGUGGUGUUCUGGCUGGGCUACUUCAACAGCUGCCUCAACCCCAUCAUCUACCCGUGCUCCAGCAAGGAGUUCAAGCGCGCCUUCGUGCGCAUCCUCGGGUGCCAGUGCCGCGGCCACCGCCGCCGCCGCCGCCGUCGCCGCCUGGGCGGCUGCGCCUGGACGCCUGCAGCGGCGCGGGCUGCGAGGCCGCGGCCGACCUGGCCAACGGGCAGCCCGGCUUCAAGAGCAACAUGCCCCUGGCGCCCGGGCAGUUCUAGGCCGCGGCUCCCUUCCCCGGAGAGCCCGUGGGGGGACGGGGGCGGGACGGGAGAGGGGCAGCGGCUUUUCUGGCAGGGGCAUGGGUGCC